ACUGGCCCAGCCAGGUGGCAUUCCAAGUGGAGCGCGCAGACGUGGGGGCACAAUCAAAAUUCCAACUCGGAAAGCGAGGCAGAAUGUGAAGCGCGCGUGGAGUAACAUUCAAACUCGCUUACUACCGUCGUCUGCACAUCGAAUUAGACGAGAUACAAAAGAUUGAUUCCUUUCGUGAAAAAAAAAAAAAAAAAAAAAAAAACAACAACCAAGAGAGACUCUACAAACAAGUAACCGUGUCUUGGAUUCGAGAGGGGCAUUCAACAUGUCUUCUGCACAAGUCUCCUCUUCGAGGAGGCAAUCGUGUUAUCUUUGUGAUUUGCCUCGGAUGCCGUGGGCUAUGAUCUGGGAUUUUACAGAGCCAGUCUGUAGAGGUUGCGUUAAUUAUGAAGGCGCGGAUCGGAUCGAGUUUGUUAUCGAGACCGCGCGGCACCUCAAACGGGCUCAUGGUUUCCAAGAAGGGAGAUCCCCGGGACCCGCACCACCGCCCACGGUGAAAACACAGGCAUCGAUGUCGGCCAAGGAGACGGUGCAGCUGAACCAUGUGGACGGCUCGUCUAAACAGCAGCAGCAGGGGCUAGACCGGUAUUCUCUAAAUACGGAGAGGUCCCGCUUUGAUUAUUCCGGUAUUGGCGCGCACGCUGGACGUCUACCGAACGGACUCGGUGGACCGAAUGGUUUUCCAAAAUCAGACGACGGGCCCCCUGAGCUCAAUCGACAAAGCCCUAAUUCUCGUCGAAACCACGGACUGGUUACAGUUCCCGGUCAGAUGAAUGUGCCUCCGAACCUUCUCCCGCAGACCAUGCUGAACGGCCCUCCUUCCGCUGCGGGCACGGCACAGCACAGCAUGGCUGGCCGACCCCCACCGCCGUCCAGCAUGGGGACGGCUUUGUCCAUGGCGUCGCAGGCAAUGUCGGAGCAAGGUAAAAGACCCGGUUCUGUAUCCAGCACAGAUCAAGAGAGAGAUUUGAAAGAGAAACAGCGUAACGCAGAGGCUUUAGCUGAACUUAGUGAAAGUUUAAGAAACAGAUCUGAAGACUGGGCAAACAAGCCCAAGAUAGUGAGGGAGACUUUGAUUACUCUUUCAAACUGCACCCCCUUUGAUGUGAGGUUCAAGAAAGACCAUUCUCUAUCAGGCAGAGUAUUUGCUUUCGAUGCAGUCUCUAAACCUGGCAUGGACUACGAGUUGAAAAUAUUCAUUGAGUACCCAAGUGGAUCUGGUAGUGUUUUUUCUAGUGCAUCUGGUGUCGCCAAACAGAUGUACCAAGACUGCAUGAAAGAUUAUGGCAGGGGGCUUUCUUCGGGUUUUAAAUAUCUGGAAUAUGAGAAAAAGCACGGUUCUGGCGACUGGCGACUCCUGGGCGAUUUGCUACCAGAAUCUGUGCGGUUCUUUAAAGAAGGACUAGGUACGGAGAUGUUGCCUCAGCCCUACAUCGACGCUAGCUGCCCUCUGUUGCCCUCGGCGCUGGUGAACAUCCCUCGUUCCUUGCCGUCAGCGAGCGCGCUGAGGACAGGUAUGCGUAAGCGCAAAGCUUCCCCCGAACCGGACUCAGCCGAGGGGGCUCUCAAGUUAACCGACGAACAGCAGCGACAACAGUGGAUGGCCAGUCAGAGCGAAGCACUCAAACUGACCAUGGCGUCUGGGUCCUUUGUCGCCUCUCACGGUGGACCGCCACCUCUCGGACCUGUCCAUUCGAGCCGCGCCACCCCGCCCGAAUCGGCUCCUCAGAACGGACAGUCCCCCAUGGCUGCGCUCAUGUCGGUCGCAGACACGUUGGGCACCGCGCACUCACCAAAGGACAACAACUCUGUUCACUCAACUACGUCUACCAGACACAACAGUAGCAGCCCGGUCUCCCCCGCCUCUGUCUCGGGACAGCGUCGUUUGGCUUCCCGGAACGGGGAGAUAAAUUUGGCUGGAACACCCUCUCAGUCCAGUUCCCAUCAAGGCAUGGAACAAGUUCACCCUCAGAACAUUCCAGAUUCUCCCAUGGCAAACAACGGACCAUUGUGUUGUACCAUUUGUCACGAACGUUUAGAAGACACACACUUCGUUCAGUGUCCAUCGGUCCCCAACCAUAAAUUUUGCUUCCCUUGUUCUCGUGAGAGCAUCAAAGCACAGGGAGCAACUGGCGAGGUAUAUUGUCCUAGCGGAGAGAAAUGUCCCCUGGUAGGUUCAAAUGUGCCUUGGGCUUUCAUGCAAGGUGAGAUAGCAACCAUUUUAGCCGGGGACGUCAAAGUGAAAAAGGAGAGAGACCCUUAAAUAUAUGCUUCCUGAAUCAGAAACGUGAAACGAGUCGAGUAUAUUAUACAUGUUGUGAAUAUUCAACUGACGAGUAGUCCUAUGUACAGAGACAUCUUCAUAUACUUCAGUGUUUCGAAACAAUGGUACAGUGGGCAAUGUGAUGUCAUACCUAAUUUGAAGGAGGAGGCUAUUUGGAUAUGUCGGUUGGGUAUUACAUAGCGUUGUGUUUUGGUGGCGGUGUUUUGGGUACGGUGUGGAAGCACUUUGCGAUUACCUUUUUAUUCGAGUUCAUGCACUUCUUUUAAGGUGAUUUUUUUUUCUCCCCCCCCCCCCCCAUCUAUACAUACAAUCCCUGCAAAAAAUCUGAACAGUUAUCGGAUACAUUUUGUCAUAGUUACAGACGUAAACAGGCGCGAGUCAUCACUUGGUUUAUAAACCGAUAGUGGGCAUUUUUUGUGUUUUGGUCUCUUCAUAUUUUGACGUUCUUUACAAAAAUGAUGUCUCACUUUUUUUUUUCUCGUGCUCUGGAAGUAUAUACAUAUAGUUUACUACGUGUUUUUCAUUCUUUUGCUUUAAAGAUGCACGGAUGCUUAAAAGUAGAGCAAAAAUACUGUACAUGAACUUAAAUGCUCUGUUUGUUUAUACAUUUCUGUAGUAACAGAAGACUUGUAACGUGCCUUGGAGCUGCGUAAAUUGUAAUAAAUUCAUUGAUAUUAA